AUUCAUUGAUGUGUAAUGUUGAAAACUGUCUCUCCCGCUUUUCCUCCCCUCCCCACAGGCACCUCCCACUCCCCGCGCGCGGCCCGGUGGCGGCCGCCAUCUUGGCUGAGGGCAGAGGCGGCUUCGCGCCGGCCCAGCCCGGCAGGGAGCGUGGAGGCGCCAUCUUGGCUGAGGGCACGGCUGCGGGAGCAGGGAAGAGCAGGGAAUCCGUGCGGCCAUGGGGAGGAUCGGGCUGCAGCUCCGCGCCACGCUGGAGAACAUCACCCGGCUGCGGGCCGAGGGCGAGGACUUCCGAUGCUGAAAUGUGGGAACUGCGGUGAAGUCUCCGAAAAGUGGCAGUACCUGCGGCUGAUGGACAGUGCUCCCCUGAAGGGCGGCCGAGGAAGCGCCACCAUGGUGCAGAAGUGCAAGCUGUGCUCCAGGGAGAACUCCAUCGAUAUUUUAAGUCAGACAAUCAAGCCAUACAAUGCUGAAGACAGUGAGAAAUUCAAAACCAUUGUGGAGUUUGAGUGCCGAGGUCUGGAACCAGUUGACUUUCAACCACAGGCAGGGUUUGCUGCUGAGGGCGCAGAAUCUGGCACACCUUUCAAUGACAUCAACUUGUUAGAAAAGGAUUGGAAUGACUAUGAUGAAAAAACAAAGGAAUCUGUUGGAAUCUAUGAAGUUACCCAUAAAUUUGUAAAAUGCUGAAGUUCAUACCUGUGACAAAUUAUGACAGAGUUAUUGAUGGAGGAGCUGUAAACAUCAGAUAUGCAUCUUCCUUGGAGUUACUUUUUCACAUGGCUGCACUUCAGAAAUGGAAACCUAAGGUGACAGAAUCAUUUAGGUUGGAAAUGAUCUCCAAGACUGAGUUCAACCUUUGACCGACAUCGCUGAGUUGUACUUUCCAUGCCCUAAUAAAAUAUUUCCCAUGGAGCACUUGGAGAUGGCCUCAGUACAAACUGAAAAUAGCACAUAUUGACUGAACUGUGCCAUGGCCUAAAGGCUGUGGGGUUUGGGAGUUACAUGGUUGUGGUGGGCUGUAGCUUAGCUAAUGCAUUGAGUAACUGCUUACACAACUUACAGCCUUAAAGGUUUUAGGAGCUGGUCACCAGGAAGUACCAACAUUUGAUUGUUUAACAUAACAUAAGCAAAUAAAGUCUUCCCACUCAGCA